AUGCCACCCACGAGAGCAACGACCACGCCACCGGCACCCAAGCUACCCGGGGCAACCACAGCCAACAGGGCCCAAACAGUGCCACCACGCGCUAGCAAGCGGGUCAAACGGAGUGAGGCUGUUGCAUCUAUAAAGAAGAAGCAAGAGUGGGCCAAACAGCAACAAAGAGAACAAAGAGACAAGUACACUGAGCUUCAAGAGGAAACCAAGAAAGAUGAGGCGACCUUGGCCAGUUCAUCCGGUGAAGAUGUCCCAGACCUUCAAAAACGAAUCGAAGAGAAGAAAUCUCAGUUGAGCAAGAUCGAGGAAAGACAAAAAAAACUUGAAGAGGGUCUGAAUGCCGCUGCCAAAGACGCCCGUGAGGCCGAAGAGUCCAAUACUGCCUUCUGGAAUCUACCUGAGGAUUACAUGGACGUGGAUCCAACUCCACCACCGCCCUCUACUCCACCACCUCAAUCACCCAUUAUUAAAGUCGAGCCACGAAAUGAUGAUGAUGAUGAUGAUGAUGAUGAUGAUGAUGAUGAUGAUGAUGAUGAUGAUGAUGUAUUGGUGGAUUUUGAAAGUCUGGAGGAUGAAGCCGUAGGCGAACCAGUUGCAUAUAGGCAAAAGGGCCGGGCCAUGCAGGCAAUUUAUCAGAUAGGACCCCGAAAGGCUGCAAGAUAUGAGAUGCGACCAGUUGCCUCGGAUUUUGGAGCGAUCGCAAAAUCUAAGGGGCUGCCUCUGAUAUCUCAUCCUGGCAACAGAAAUCUUACCAGGCGCUAUCCACCAGGGGAUGAAAAACAGGAAAAGUACAGAUAUGGGAGUGGCAACGUGAAGGGGAUCACUGGUGUUGUCGUUGCCGAAGUGAAGUUGAAGGGAGAAAAGCCAAGGGACCCUGACACAUAUGUUCAAAUCCGCUGGAAAGACAUUGAUCAGGAACACCCCGUUUUGACCUGGGAAGCAAAAAGCGACCUCAUCCGUAUCUUCGGCAAACGUGGACUCAACAAUAAGAUCAAGACGGCGUGGGAACGACAAGAAAGCCGGCAUGUGCAAUGGGUCAGGAAACAGGACAGCCCAGACAGAAGCCCGACUCCAUUCCCGCUAGACUUGGUAGAGGAGUACAGACAGAGGCAGGCAAGUGCUCCUCCCAUCAAGACAGAGGAACAGGAAGACAGCCCAGAGCCGGCGGUGAAUAAAACAACUAAAACCGAUGGAGAAAAGAAGUCAAAUGAUAAGGAAUUGGACAAGGAAAAGACAUUCUCUCCUGAGUAUGAGCAAGAGGGCAGAGAUAAUGGCGGCCUACACAGUUUAUAA